CAACAUGAAAAAGAUCUAGAAACGAUAUAAAUGCAACGGCGUGAAAUGUAUAGGGAAGACUUCGUUCUCUGGAGGGAAAGUCAAACGCGAAGAAUAUUAAAUAAAAUAUUUUAAAUAAAUAAAAUUAUAAAACAGUAAAAUAACCAACCAAAAUGAGUUUUUCCAGUGACGAAGUAAACUUUCUAGUUUAUCGAUACUUACAAGAAUCUGGAUUCACACAUUCAGCUUUUGUGUUUGGCAUUGAAUCGCAUAUUUCACAAAGUAAUAUAAAUGGAGCUCUGGUUCCACCAGCAGCACUUUUAACAAUAUUACAAAAAGGCUUGCUGUAUACAGAGGUGGAGUGGUCCGUGGGGGAAGAUGGGGUUCCGAUAAGACCUAUUGAAAGCCUAAGUCUCAUAGACGCUGUCAUGCCAGAAGCCAAACCGACGGCAGCGCCAAUAAAAUCCGAAACCGGCAAAAGUGGUAAUGGUGACAAUGUUGCAUCGAGUAGUACAGCUGCCAGUGGAUCGUCAGGAAAUAAUAUAAAGGCGGAAGUUAAAACUGAAAAUGCAGCAACAACAUCAAGUACUAGCACAAAUGCUUCUGGUACAUCCGGUAGUGCCCCUGCUGCAGGAGAUAAUACAGAAACAGAUAGUGCCACAGCAUCUGGUUCUGCUGUAGGUGGUUCGCCGGCAGGAACAAGUGGCACAGCUAGCAAUACAUCAACAUCAGCCACGGCUACCACAACAGGUGAUGACAAGAAAACCGAUGCAACGGCAACAACUUCAACAAGUAAUACGGCAGAUGAUGGUGCAUCCACUACAUCCAAUAAUGGCAGCACCAAUAAUAAUGCAUCAAACGAAACUGCAUCAGCGGCAACGGCUGCAGGAACAACAACAACUUCAAGAACUGCAACACCUACCACCACAGCGCAGACGGGUUCGGCAAGUGGUACUGGUACAACAACAGGUGGAAAUGCAACCACAUCAGCGCCAACAUCCACACUUGGAUCAUCUCCAGCAACCCCUGCUGGUGGCUCAGAACCUAUGGAUAUUGAUUCAGCCAUUGAGAUACCAGCGUCCAAGGCAACCGUGUUGAGAGGCCACGAAAGUGAAGUGUUCAUUUGUGCUUGGAAUCCUAGUCGUGAUUUAUUGGCCAGCGGUUCUGGUGAUAGCACGGCACGUAUAUGGGACAUGUCGGACGCCAUGGCAUCGCCAAACCAACUAGUUCUACGUCAUUGUAUACAAAAGGGUGGAGCUGAAGUACCAAGCAACAAGGAUGUUACUUCGCUUGAUUGGAAUUGUGACGGAACUCUUUUGGCCACUGGCAGUUAUGACGGUUUUGCACGCAUUUGGAAAACAGAUGGUAGUUUGGCCUCCACUUUGGGCCAACAUAAAGGUCCAAUUUUCGCACUUAAGUGGAAUAAGCGUGGUAAUUACAUUCUCUCGGCCGGUGUGGAUAAGACUACCAUCAUUUGGGACGCUUCGACCGGUAUGUGUACCCAACAAUUUUCAUUUCAUAAUGCUCCAGCUCUGGACGUAGAUUGGCAAACCAAUAAUUCUUUUGCCAGCUGCAGUACAGAUCAACGCAUUCAUGUAUGCCGAUUAGGUUCCGACGUACCUAUCAAAACAUUCAAAGGACACACAAACGAGGUUAAUGCCAUUAAAUGGUGCCCUCAGGGAAAACUAUUGGCAUCCUGUUCCGAUGAUAUGACACUCAAGAUCUGGUGUAUGAAUCGAGAUAAAUGCUGUCACGAUCUACAGGCACAUUCCAAGGAGAUAUACACGAUUAAGUGGUCCCCCACAGGUCCUGGCACGCAAAAUCCAAAUACAAAUCUAUUACUUGCAUCGGCAUCAUUCGAUUCCACUGUACGUUUAUGGGAUGUGGAACGUGGUAUGUGCAUACAUACACUAACGAAACACACAGAGCCAGUGUAUUCCGUAGCUUUCUCACCGGAUGGUAAAUAUUUGGCAUCAGGUAGUUUUGACAAAUGCGUUCACAUUUGGAGCACACAAAAUGGACACUUAGUACACAGUUAUAAGGGCACUGGUGGUAUUUUUGAAGUUUGUUGGAACUCCAGAGGAACCAAGGUGGGAGCCAGUGCUUCGGAUGGUAGUGUUUUUGUUCUGGAUCUGAGAAAGUGUUGAUCGGCGGUGUCAUUCCCGCCUUCUGGCACGAGCGAUGUCUCUUUUUAGAUACUGUUAUGAACGUAUUUCACAUCGUAGAAUAGUUUUGUAUUUUUCCCUUUUUUAAUACAACAAAUGAAAACAAAACACAACGUUUCGUAGUGUCAUAAGUCUGAUGUAUGUAAAGAUUUUUUAAUUGCAUCGCUAUUAUUAUUAUAACAACUGCUAUUUUAGUUUAAAAUUAAGGUAUAAAGUAGCAUUUUAUUAUCGCUUCGAAAACUUCAGUCUCGUCCCCUUAACGCUCAUUGCUCCUACGGCAUUGGUUAUUUUUGUUUUGUUUUACUUUUAUUUUGUGUUAUUUAGGAAAUCGGUUUAGGUAAUGUAACACAGUUGCUAUACUCAAAUCGGAACUUCGCAUAGAUCUGCUGAAAUGCAGCUUCCAUAUAAAUUCCCUGUUCCCUCUUUGUCCCCCUUUAUAUAUGCAAGAACAAUAUUAUUUUCUUUAAGCAAUCAUUUUAUUACAAAAAAAAAUAAUAUUUCAAUAGAAUAAGAAGAAACAAUAAAAUUUAAUUUAUAAACAAA